GUCACUGUUUUUCUAAAUAUCCAUCCACGUUGCCGCUAUCUUGCCUCCCCCGCCCAUAAGCGGGGAAUGGACACUUUUAGAAAUUACCUGCCGUGACCCCUUACCCACCACCUGAUGGGGGGAAAACCACAAAAAGAUGCAAAGCGAUAGUUGUGACCCAGACAGGCCCACUCAUCCCGGGACUUUCCCAAACUGUGAGGCCGGGAAGAGCGACCUCAAGUCGGCCGAACGCAGCAUUGUCUUCCCGGUGUCCGUCGUUCUCCCUGCCGGAGGCACCGGGGAGAGAACCGGUCUACAGACACCGAAACAGUUCUGCCUGUUUCUGGGUCGGCCGCUCAUAAGCUACACGAUCCAGGCUUUCGAGAGGUGUAUCGUUAGUGACAGCAGGACUUCCACGUCCUCUAACGGGUCGGUGUGUGAUGUAUGUACCGUUAGUUUAAGGGUGUCAUGGAUCCAGAGCAUUGUGGUUGUUGUUGCCAAAGAAUACAUGGACCUAAUGACGGACAUUGUCCAGCAGUUCCAGCACACGAAGGUUCGAGUGGUGCCAGGCGGCUCAACUCGCCACAGAUCGAUAUAUAACGGAGUCCUGGCUCUGAGUGAAGAGGGGGAGGAGGGGAAGCCAGCGACGGACAAAGCGAAGGUGGUCAUCAUCCACGAUGCUGUGCGGCCUUUUGUGGAGGAGGAUUUUCUGCACAAGAUAGCCAUGGCUGCCAAGGAACAAGGGGCAGCAGGAGCUAUCCGACCUCUUGUUUCCACGGUGAUAGCCACCACAUCAGAGGGCUACCUGGAUCAUUCUCUCGAGCGAGCCAAGUACCGAGCCAGUGAGAUGCCUCAGGGAUUCACAUAUGAUGUCAUCCAUCAAGCCUAUCAGAAGUGCAGUGAGUCCGACUUUGAGUUCGGCACUGAGUGUCUCCAUCUGGCUCUGCAGUACUGCGGCACCAACGCAAAGCUCAUCCAGGGGCCGCCAACACUGUGGAAGGUAACUUACAAACGAGAUUUGGCUGCUGCAGAGUCCAUUAUCAAAGAUACUCUAUCGCGGUCGGCGUGUGUUAUCACAGGUGGAUCUGCACAAGCCGUCACACUGGCUGAUGCCCUCCAGAAAGCCGUUGCAGCUCUCAACGUGGUAAGAGUGUGUCGGUCACAUCCAACAAAAAUGAAGGAGCUGGAUGUCAUCCCAGAUCUGACGGGAGAAAAUGGCGCGUAUCUGUUAAAUGAUUGGAACUUCAUCCAGGUUUCUGUCAAUCGUUCUUGCCUGUCUGAAGUGGAGGCAUUACUCAUAGAUCUUGAGGCAGCGAAACGGGCUCUCCUGCACCCGCUAGUCGUUAUUUUGGUGCUUUUGAGUGGUUCAGAUGAGCUGUCCGUCAGUGGGAGAGUGGUAGAGCCAGAAGCUAUCAUGGACCUGGCCUCAGCAGCAAAGCUCCGAAAUAUUCUUCUCUAUGGCAUCCAGCUUCAUCAGUCAAAGGACACCCAGCGUUGGGAGAGGUCGGUGUUGCGGGUCGCUGAGAUCACGUCAGCCCUGAUCCGGGAGAGGAGCCCCGCCCUGGUUGGACAGCUUCUGCAGGCAUGAAGGGAAGCAGCAUGGACAGAAAAUCCCCUCACCAUGACUCACGAGCACUGCAGGGAUAAGACAGUUGGCUUUUUUUUUUAGCCUUCUUUAUCAAUUACAGCAAGUUUAAAGGGAUACUCCCACCAUUAAGUACAUCUGUUUAACAAAGCAUGGCGACUUUCAGGAGACCACCUUAAAAAGAGAAAUGUCAAAAUUGAAGCAGAACAGUCCUAAGUGUGGCUCCCUUGGCUAUAAAUAAAAUGAGACCAUCGUUGAAAGAUUUGAGAGUCUAGAGAACAUGAUGUUUAAAAAGUGAUGUUUGUAUGCAGUGUUCACAGAAAGCUUUAAAGCGACUUGUGCAUCUCCAAGAUAAGUGAAUGUGAAGCGUUCGGGGUUAAUGUACUGUAUUGUGUGAUAACUACUUUUACCACUGGAUGAAGCUGCUCAUGAUUGAAACACUAAUAUGUUAUAAAAUCGUUAGUGUAUUUUUUUACUCUGCCUAUUUAAAACAACAAACAUGGUGUAAUAAAGACGUUUCUUCAUGA